AACUGUCUGACGUCACAUCCUGUUGCAAGCAAUGCUUCCCACCAGCGCCAAAAAGAAACCACCGCCACCACAGUCAGAAAUGAUGGUGUCGGAGAAAGAGACAACACGGCUCCGCAAGUUUGUGUGUGGUCAACUCCGUGAUGAGCCCGACCUGAGCAAACUGACAUUAGGAAUUUUGAAAAAGCGAUAUUUGGCACAUGUGGGGCGUGAAUCAUUAAGUCCAGAUGCCAGAAAUUACAUGAAACAGGUGGUUGAAGAGGAACUGAUGAAAAUGCAGGACAAUGACAAAAAUGGAAGCAAGCUGGAGCCCAAGAAGCCACAAAACAAAAGAAAGAGAGAAGAGGAAAAUGUUGAAGUGAUAAGUGAAGAUCAAUCCAUGGCAAAGAAAUCCCGCUGUCAGUCAAACUCAUCAUCAGAAUCGGAGGAAAAAGAAGAAUGCAAAACAGGAAGUAAGGACAGUGAAGAGGAGGAUCAAAUUAAAUCUGGAGGAUCUGAGGAUGAAGAGCAAGAGUUGGAAAAAUUACAGCAAAAGACAAAUGUCAGCAGUAAACAGCAGACGAACAGUGAUGAGUCUACAGAUGAGAGUAGCAGUGGUGGCAGUCCAGCAGAAACGAUGAGACAGAAGGUAACCUCCUCAAACGAUGGGGCGACAAUAAGCAGCAAUACAAGUAAAGGAAAGAAAACACGCCAGAGUGAUGAAGAGGAUGAAAAUGAAACAGAUCACCAGUCAGAAAGGAGUGACAAAAUCAACAGUAAUGAGUCCAGUGAUGACGAUGAAAAAGAAAAGGUGUCCAAGCAGAAGACGAUUAACAACCCAGAUUCAGAUUCUUCAUCAUCAUCACUCCCCUCUUUGGCGGAUGAACAGGAUAGAAGAGCAAAAAAUAAAAAGAAGAAAAGCAUGAAAACAGAGGAUAGCACCAGAAAUCAACAGGGUGACGACAAAGCAAUUGUGAAGCUCAAACGCUACAUUGCUCUCUGUGGUGUGAGGCAGAAUUACAAGAAACUCUUCGAUGGCUGUGGCUCUGUUAACUCCAAGGUGGCUGUUCUGAAGAAGGAGCUUGAAGCUCUCGGUGUCCAUGGUAAGCCAUCUUUACAGAAAUGUAAAAAAGUCAGAAUGAAGAGAGAAGAGGAUCGGGAACUAGCUGAUCUUGAUGUCAGCAACAUCAUUGCCACACAAGGUCGUCCAAAACGCAGAGCAGCCUUAGCAUGGCAGAAACCAGAUGACCCUCCACUGUCUAAAUAUCAACACACUCUGAACUCCAGCUCUGAUAGUGAUCAGGAAAACAAUACACCCAGAGUGCACAGAAGAGCAACAGACUGGGCAAACCUGCGAGGGAUCAUCAGUGAUGAUGCCAGCAGUGACUGACAGGGACACUUCCUUUUAAAAGUCUUCAGAGGCCACUCAGAUAUAGACAUGACUUUCUGUUUGUACAAGUUGGGUUUUGGUCUUUAAAAAUGACUUUCAUGGUAAGAGUACUAAUAUUGCAUGUUACUAAGACUAACACAUUUUCUAAGAUCAAAUUUGACUAUAUAGAUGGUGUUUGAAAUAUCUUUUUGCAACAAAAUAAAUUACAGUGGAUGUAAAUGAUGAUAA